AAAGACUCGAAGUCUGUGACGGCCGCGAGCCGAACCUGUCCGGGAAGAGCCGAAGCAGCGCGGGGAGGCGUGUCGGGUGUUUCCGGCGCGGCGGCGGAAAUGGCCGAGGGCCGGCGGCGGCCGCCAUGUUGGGAGCCGCGGGGCGCUGAGGCGGCGGCGGCGGCGUGAGGCGGCGGCGGCGGCGGCCGGGCCGGGCCGGGCGGACCCCGCCCGCUCCCCCUGCUCCUCUCCCGGCCCCCCAAAUGCCGCUGGCCUGGCCCCCCCCCGCCCCCUGAGCUCCCCCGCUUCCCCUUCCCCCUCCCCGCACACCGCCUGCCGCGGCUUCCCCCUAUCGCGAUAGUCGCCGGCGGCGCGGGGGGGGGGCCGCCAUGUCGAGCAGCGGUCGCAGCCCUUUGCCGACCGUCAACGAGAGGGACGCGGAACAGCCCGGCGCCGUGGAGGGCAAGGGCGGCGGCAAGGCCAGCAUGCUGCGGGGCCGCAACGCCGGCACGGCCGCCGAGGAGCAGCCGCACAUCGGCAACUACCGGCUCCUGAAAACCAUCGGCAAGGGCAACUUCGCCAAGGUGAAGCUGGCACGGCACGUCCUGACCGGCAAGGAGGUGGCCGUGAAGAUCAUUGACAAGACACAGCUCAACUCCUCCAGCCUGCAGAAGCUCUUCCGGGAAGUGCGAAUAAUGAAGGUCCUGAACCACCCCAACAUAGUGAAGCUCUUUGAGGUGAUCGAGACGGAGAAGACGCUGUACCUGGUGAUGGAGUACGCCAGCGGCGGUGAGGUGUUCGAUUACCUGGUGGCCCACGGGCGCAUGAAGGAGAAGGAGGCGCGGGCCAAGUUCCGACAGAUAGUGUCGGCCGUGCAGUACUGCCACCAGAAAUUCAUCGUGCACAGGGACCUGAAGGCUGAGAACCUGCUGCUGGACGCCGACAUGAACAUCAAGAUCGCGGAUUUUGGCUUCAGCAACGAGUUCACGUUCGGGAACAAGCUGGACACGUUCUGCGGCUCGCCCCCGUACGCCGCCCCCGAGCUCUUCCAGGGCAAGAAGUACGACGGGCCCGAGGUGGACGUGUGGAGCCUGGGGGUCAUCCUGUACACGCUGGUCAGCGGCUCGCUGCCCUUCGACGGCCAGAACCUCAAGGAGCUGCGGGAGCGGGUGCUGCGGGGCAAGUACCGGAUCCCCUUCUACAUGUCCACGGAUUGUGAGAACCUGCUCAAGAAGUUCCUGAUCCUCAACCCCACCAAGAGGGGCACCCUGGAGCAAAUCAUGAAGGAUCGCUGGAUGAACGUGGGCCACGAGGACGAUGAGCUCAAGCCCUACAUGGAGCCCGUGCCCGACUACAAGGACCCCCGCAGGACAGAGCUGAUGGUGUCCAUGGGCUACACCCGGGAGGAGAUCCAGGAGUCCCUGGUGGGGCAGAAAUACAACGAGGUGAUGGCCACAUACCUGCUGCUGGAGCACAAGAGCUCCGAGCUGGAGGAGAACCUGUCCCUGAAGCCCCGCGUGGCCCCGGAGGUGGCCAACAGCUCGGGCCCCUCCCCCGCUCACAAGGUGCAGCGCAGCGUCUCAGCCAACCCCAAACGGAGAGUGAGCGACCAGGCCGGGCUCUCCAUCCCCACCUCGGCCUCGUACUCCAAGAAAACGCAGGCGGCCAACGCCGAGAACAAGCGAGGAGGAGGAGGAGGAGGAGGAGGAGGAGCGGGAGGAGGAGGAGGAGGAGGAGCCGGGGAGGAAGAGGGCGGCGGGGGCGGGGGGCGCCGGGCCGGCAGCACGGCCAAGGUGCCCCCGAGCCCCCUGCCCGGCCUGGAGCGAUCCAAGGGCACCCCCUCCCCAUCCACGAACUCGGUGCUGUCCACGGGCACCACGCGCAGCAGGAACUCGCCCCUGCUGGACCGGGCCAGCCUGGGCCAGAGCUCCCUGCAGAACGGCAAGGACAGCAGUGCCCCCCCCCGGGUCCCCGCCGCCUCCCCCUCUGCCCACAACGUCAGCCAGGCCGGGGGUCCCGGGGAGCGGCCCAGCUUCCCCCGGGGGGUGUCGAGCCGCAGCACCUUCCACGCGGGGCAGCUGCGGGCGCCGCGGGACCCCCGGGACCCCCGGGACCCCCUGCCCUACGCGCUGCCCCCGGGGCUGCCCCCGCCCGCCUCGCCCUCGGGUGCCAGCCAGGGCCGCCGCGGCCCCAGCGCCAGCCUCUUCAGCAAGUUCACCUCCAAGUUCGUGCGCAGAAAUCUGUCUUUCAGGUUUGCCAGAAGGAACCCCCACGAGCCCGAGAGCAAGGAGAGGGUGGAGACCCUCAGACCGGCGGUGGGCCCCGAGAAGGAUCCCCGGGGGGACGCCGGGCGCGACGCCAAGCCGCGCUCCCUGCGCUUCACGUGGAGCAUGAAGACCACGAGCUCGCUGGAGCCCGGGGAGAUGCUGCGCGAGAUCCGCAAGGUGCUGGACGCCAACAGCUGCCGCUGCGAGCCCCAGGAGCGCUUCGUGCUGCUCUGCGCCCACGGCGCGCCCGGGCACGACUCCUUCGUGCAGUGGGAGAUGGAGGUGUGCAAACUGCCCCGGCUCUCGCUCAACGGCGUCCGCUUCAAGCGCAUCGCCGGCACCUCCAUGGCCUUCAAGAACAUCGCCUCCAAGGUGGCCAACGAGCUCAAGCUCUGAGCCGCGCCUGCACGGGGCGGCCGCGGAGCUCCGGGGACACGGACGCGGAGGAGCGGCUCCGAGGGGGGCCGCGGAGCUCCGGGGACACGGACGCGGAGGAGCGGCUCCGAGGCGGCCGCGGAGCUCCGGGGACACGGACGCGGAGGAGCGGGCUCCGAGGCGGCCCGCGGAGCUCCGGGGACACGGACGCGGAGGAGCGGCUCUGAGGCGGCCGCGAGCUCAGGGGCUCUGAGCCACGGAUGGGACACCGGGGCUCACCUGGGGACACGGCCACGGCCACCCUCGGAGCUGCGGCUCCUGGGGAUGCGGGACACGGAGAGCCAGGAGCGGCUCCAAGGUGGCCACGGAGCUCCAGGGACCCGGUGGCCCAGGAGCGGCCCCUGAGCUGCAGCUCUUGGGACACGGACACGGAGAGCCGGGAUGCGGCCGUGGAGCUCUGGGGACACGGACACGGUGACCCAGGAGCAGCUCCGAGGCGGCCGCCAGGCUGCAGCUGUUGAGGACCCGGUGACCCAGGAGCGGCCACAUUGGAGCUGCGGCUCUUGGGGACACGGACAGAGUGACCCUGGAGUGGCCACCGAGCUCCGGCUCUUGGGGACACGGCCCACGGUGACCCGGGAGUGGCCCUGAGGUGGCCACGGAGCCACGGACACGGCGGGGGAACGCCCACGGGGGGGACACGGGAGCACCAGGAUGGACCUGGG